UGCCCGCGUGCCCGCCCGGCGGCGCGGUCAGCUGAGGCGGCGCCCAAGAUGGCGGCGGCGAGGACUGGCGUUGCCGGGGCGGUGCAGUAGAGCUCAGCGCCGCCGGGCUGGCCGCCUCCUGCCCCGUCAGGUCACCUGCUCGUCCCGGGAAGAUGCAUUCUUUUGGCAACGAAGAAGCGGUCUCUCUGGAGCGGCUCUUUGGGUUUUUCUGCGAGUGCGUACGGCGCGGAGACUGGGAGCUUGCGCAGGCCUGUGUGCCCCAGCUCAGCCAGUGGCACGGGGACGGCCCUGAGAAGGUGGAAGCAAUUCUUCAGGCUCUGGUAGCUUGUCCUGUGGGGGUAAGAUGGGGACAGAAUUCUAGCCCAUGGAGAACUGCGUGGCUUUGGCUUCUUGUACUGGAAAAAUGGCUUGCCAGGAAUCAGAAAACUGUUCCAGUUGUUCUUCAGAGAGAAACUGAAUUUUUAUUAUUCUUGGAAGAACUACAGAAAGAUGUCUCUGAGGAGGUUCUAAAGGAACUGUUUGAAGCAUUUGAGUGCACCCAGAACAAGCACAUCACAGACAGGAAAAGAAGAGAUGGCUGUUCUCACAGAUUCAGUUUGGAUGUUGUUUCAGCUCUCAGGAAGCUUUUGCUGCGGGCUCCUCAGAGGGCAAAAGCCCUGCUGGAGUUCUUCCAGGAGGAACAAGGCAUACACAGCUCUUCGCUCGAGCACUAUUGCUCUCUACAAAACAUCUUUGUUGAAUUUCUUCGUGACUCCUUGAAAUCUCUACAGAGGCUUCAGUGCAGUUCUGAGAUUUCAGCAGAACUAGAUCAAAGAGAACUAGUGGAUACAAUUUAUGCUGCUCUUAGUAUAGUGACUUUUGAGGUGGAGCAUCAGGCAGAUGAAGUAUGGCACCUGUUCAGGGAGCUCCUGGAUGUAUGCUGGACUGAGGGAAGCCCACUGAGGGAGGAGAAGCUACUAAGCUGUAUGCUGAGGAAACAGAGUCAUGGCCUGUUAAGCCUGUAUAGCAGUGUUCUCAUAGAAAGAACAAGAGAAAAAUUUCUGGUGUCAAAAUCAAUACGAAAAGGUUCAUCUGAGCAGCUGGAUACAGAGCGAACCAUGAUGAGUUUGUUCUCGGAUCCCAAAGAGUCUCCUUCUUGGAAGACAGCCUAUUUCUACUGCUUGAGCAGCAGCAAGCACUUUCUGGAACAGAUUCUGGUGACUGCAUUAACUUUACUGAAAAGAGAAGACUACUCAGGCCUGAACAGCUUAUUGAGGAGAGAAUUCAACCCCCUUUGCCGCCUCUUGGUAUUGUUAGGAUGGACUCAUUGUCAAAGCUUGGAAUCAGCAAAAGCAUUGUUAUGGACUCUUCACAAAACUCAGGAUCUGUGCAAUGAUUCAGUACUGAAAGAUUUCUGUGACGGGCUGUGGGCUCGGGUGGAAGUGCUUGAAUGGUGCAUACAGCAAAACAGUAUUACUAUCCCAAGGAAGGUUCUUUUGGAACACUUGCACGGUCUAGAUUGCCACACUGCAGUGUACUCUCUUCAUCAUCUCACUAAUCUUCUGGCACUGAAUGAAGACGAUGUUAUUGAGCUUCUUCAGAAAGUUCCUGCUAGAGACAAACAGAUGCAGGCGGCAACACUCCCUAACACCCUGAGUCAGCAACGCAAUCUGGCACUGUUUCGAGCAUUUUGUGCCAUGAAGUAUGCUAUCUAUGCUCUCUGUGUGAAUUCUCAUAAGCAUUCCAAGUGCAAAGAUUGCGUACACAGCCUUCUUGGUGAUAUCCCUGAAGACGCAACUUCUGGAGAACCAGCAGGUGAUUGGCCUCCUUUCUCAGAUUGCUCUUCAGUAUUUCCUCAGUACCUUGUGAAGUGUCAGCAGUUCUUAAGGAGUGUUCCUGUUCCUCUGCGCCUGGAGGUUUUGGAGAACAUCUUCUCCUUGCUUUUUGUUUCCUACAGUGACCUCCAUACUGAGGCUUUUCUACAUGAAGACUAUGCAGAGGAUGAUGAUCUUGACAAAAAGACUACUACUGUGAGUGUAGAAGGCAGUGCUAGUCGGCGGUCUUCUACCUCUGAAAGUCCACAGCACCUAAUAGAGGCUGAAAAGAAAUUAGAGAGGCAUCUGCUGGCUGCUGAGACAGUUCACACAGAUACCCAAGACCUUCAUGACUCGAUGUUAGGUGGCAAAAGCUGUGAAACCUCUAGGCUGAGCUACCUGGAUUUGAAACACUUCACUAGCGGUGUUACUGGAUUUUUAGUGGAUGAGGUGGCCAUGGAUGCCUUCCUCACAUUGCUUCUCAACCAUCUGGAAGAAAUUCAGAGUUGUCUCCCAUGGGACUCCAGUAACGUUCUUCGUGAAGAGCUGGAACUUGUCGAGUGCUUGAAUCUUUCUGCAAGCAGAGACACCUUUGGAAGUCGUGUGUUACAGUUUUCCAAGUACCUUUCUGAAGCUCACUGGCGAUACAAGGUGGUGAUGAGUAACAGAAAUGCAGAACAUCAGCUUGCAGCUUCCAGGAGAUACUGCUCUUUAAUCAGGUGCUCCAGCUUUAAGAAACGAAGUAGAUCUCAAAGGUACAAAACAGAUGGGAAAGAGGGAACUACCAGUCCAUCAUUAGAAAGCACAAGUAGCGAGCUAAGCACCAGUACCUCAGAGGGAAGUACCAGUAAUGUGUCUGGCUCAAGUGAUUUGGAAAGCAGGGUGAGACCACACCAGCAAAACCCACUCAUUCCUAUGAUGCUUUCUCCACCAGAAUCACUGUUAGUUUCUUGUGUUUUGAGAGGAAACUUCGUAGAAGCCCAUCAGGUGGCUUUGAUGUUUAAUCUGGAUACUUCACCUUGCUAUGGUGAAUUGGUUUUCAUGGAGCGCUACCAAGAGGCGGUACGAGAAAUGGCAAGAGUGGAGCACAAUAUUGAGAAUCAAGCAUCAGAUGGCACGGGAGGCAUCAGGAAAUCUGGCAGUGGCCGUUCGACCCUGCAAGCUAUUGGGAAUGCAGCAGCAGCUGGUAUGGUAUUUUAUUCCAUCUCGGAUGUUACUGAUAAAUUGCUUGCAAUUUCUGGAAGUCUUGCCCCUACUCUCCAAGAAAACUUCUGGAUCAGCAACAUCCAGCUGGAGCAUACUGAUCCUCUCUGGGAAGUCCUUGAGGACCUCAGUCCUUCAGCAAUGGCGGCAUUUGAUCUAGCUUGUACUCAGUGCCAUCUUUGGAAAACAUGCAAGCAGCUUUUGGAAACAGCAGAAAGGCGACUGUACAACAGCCUUGAAACUCGGGGCCACCGACCUGACUUUGUUUUACUGCACUCUGAAGGUGUAAAGGGUUUCCCAGCAGUUCUCCAGCAAAUAAAUAAAAUUCUCAACUAUUCCUGCACAUCACAAGGGCAAUCCAAGCCAGAGGUCUCAGAUGAGAAAAUAGGGAGUCAUUUUCGAUGCAGUAUUGUAGAUCUUCUGCAAGCUUGCUACCCUGCCUUGACAGAAGAAAGUAUUACUAAUGAAAUUGUUUUAUCACAAAAUCUGGAUCAAAUCCUAAAAGCACUGACAUGUGUUGAGCAUUCUGUGGACUCUAAAGGAAACCUGCUUGGGACCUUGGUGGAGCAGGCCUCUCUCAAACCUACGGAGCUGGAGAAGCACCUGGUUUGGAAUCAAACACAGCUCCUGCUGAGAACUCUUGACCAAACCAUGCCAGAGAGCAACAUGCAGACAAACUUUGUGAAGGCCUUCUUUGACUACAUCACUACACUGGCUGCUGUUGUGUUACGAAGCCUGAAUGCAGAGCUAGAUCUAUCUGCAGAAGUGAAAGUGGGGAACCCUUUCAUCCUGUUACAGCAGAGUCCAUCUCAGCUGCUCUCCCAGCUUGUGUUUGAGAGACAGGUUCAUCCUGACAGGCUUUCUUCUCUCUUGGCUAAAGAAGAGUUGAACUUGAAUGUGCAGGAAGUUAUUGUUAACUGUUGCUGUGAACGACUGUCCUUGUGCAGUGCAAGGCAAAACAGCCAGGCAAAGUCUCUUCUGACAAACAUCAGUAACUUAGCACACCAGUGUGCCUACCACUGCCUGCCAGAUGUUGAAAUACCUUUUCACAAUUCUGCAGUGACCUCUGAGGAUAACUCCACUCAGGGCCCAUUCUCUCUGAAUGACUUGAGCCAGCACACACUCACUGCAUCCUCCCUGGACUUCCUAAAGUCUCAGUCGAAGCUAAUGGCCACAGUGGCAUGUCUAAGUGCAUCUAAUAUACAGAAAAUUCCCAAAUCGAGUUUAUCUUGGAUGGAAUUUCGGGGCAAACGGGAGGUGCCCUUAGGUUUGGAACAGAUUUCCAGGGAGUGUGAGGUGUUAUUGAAGGACUUCCCAAUAUUGGAACGAUUUCUUCUCACUAUGUUUGAGCCACUUCAGAAUCAGCAAGAGGAAGGUAGCAGUUUGGCUACUGUCUUCUCUGGCAAGACAUACAUAUCUCUGGUUCUCCUAGGAUUGCAUUCCCCCACAGCUGUUAAGGUAUUAAUGGGAGUCUUGGAACAAGCUCUUGCUGCAAAGGAUUGGGACAGAGCUCUGAAGGUCUUAGAUCUGUACAGUCAGGAUGUGGAGGAGCUGGUCAGUGUGAAGGAUGCUGUGCUGAGCUGUGCAACUGCUGAAGCAGUGUCAUUGUCAUACAUGGAUGAUACAUCCUGUGAAAGGAGGUACCUUUUGGAGUCUAAGGAUAAUAAGGAUGGUUGGCAAUACUUAUUCCCAGUAAAAAAUGCAACGUUGAGAAGUAGGCUGGCCCUGCGCUGUCUGGACAAAUGGCCCCUUGAUGCCUGUUUGGAAAUCCUAGCUUAUUGCAUUUCUGAUUUGGGCAUAACUGAUGAACUAAAAGCCAGUCUGCAGAGCAGGAAGAAAGAACUUCAGGUUUAUCAAAAGAUUUUGAAUGUGCAAAAUGAACCAUUAUGGAAUGACUGGCAAGAUCUGAAAAAAGCCUGCACUGAUGACCCCCAGGCCAUCAUGAAUAUCAUUCUGAAAGCAAAGGAUUACGAGUUGUUUGAGGAAUGGGGGCACUUGUAUCCUGUCCCAAGAGAAGACUUGAUCAACCUUCACCGUGAGCACCUUCUCCACUUACUGGAGAUGGGAGACAUGGAAAAAGCAUUGCAGCUUUUACAAAGAAUUGAAGACCCUGGUAUUUGUCUUGCUAUCAGUGAACAGUCUCUUGACCAGCAUCCAAACUUGGCAGCCUCUCACUUCUUGGCUGACUACCUCACAGCUCACUUCUAUGCAAAUCUGACAACAGCACGCCGUAAUGAAAUCCAGGCACUCUAUAUGGGAUCAAAGGUGCUGCUGACUCUUCCUGAGUUCUCCCGUGUUAACUACUUCCACCUCUCCUCCAGGCCACUGCUCAUGCUGGAGCAGCUUCUCAUGAAUAUGAAGGUGGACUGGGUAGCUGUUGCUGUGCAGACACUGCACCAGCUCUUAGCUGGACAGGAAAUUGGUUUUACUAUAGAAGACGUUGACAAUUUGCUCUCCAAGUAUGCAGAAAAAGCUCUCAACUUCCCUUUUGCAUUAAAAGAAAAGAGAUCAGAUUCUCUGAUACGUAUCCAAGAAAGUCUCAAUCAGGCAUUGGAAUGUGAAGCACUGUCUAAAUCGGGAUCAUCAGAACUAUCUCCUGUCAGCUUUACUGGUGUUACCAUAUCUGCAAGUCCCAGAGACAGAAGUCUGCAGCAGAAUUUGUUUCCUCAAGAAUUUGUGCCUCCUGAGAAGCCGCCACCAAAGCAGCAAUGGAUACCUGAUGACACUGAAAUGAUAUGUAUGGUUUGCAAAACUGAACGCUUUACUAUGUUUAACAGGCGCCAUCACUGCAGGCGCUGUGGCAGGCUGGUGUGCAGCUCUUGCUCCACCAAGAAAAUGGCAGUAGAAGCUUACAGAGAAAAUCUGUCUCGUGUAUGCGAUCAGUGCUAUGGCUACUACAACAGAGAACAUAUGCCUGACUUGGUACAAGACACAAGCAUCAGAAAAGAAGAUCCGGAACAAGUGGAAGAAACUUCUAAUCAUGAAUAUUCCACAGUGGUGCGAAUACCCAAGGCGACUGAACUUGAAUGGAUUUUUUCCCUGAACGAAGAGGAGAAUGAAAUUGUACGCAGUGAAUUUUAUUAUGAACAGGCUCCCAGCUCUUCCUUGUGUAUUGCCAUCCUUAGUCUGCACAGUGACAGCAUAGUGUGUGGCCACCAACUGAUAGAGCACUGCUGCAAGUUGUCCCAAGGGCUCGCUAAUCCUGAGGUGGAUGCUGGUCUCCUCAUGGACAUCAUGAAACAAUUGCUCUUCAGUGCCAAAAUGAUGUUUGUAAAAGCUGGAAGGAGCCAGGAUCUAGCUCUCUGUGACAGCUACAUCAGCAAAGUGGAUGUGUUAAAUAUCUUGGUUGCUGCUGCUUACCGUCCAAUACCAUCUUUGGAUCAGAUUCUUCUCCCUGCAGCAGUAACAAGACUAAGAAAUCGGCUUCUGGAAGCAGAGUACUAUCAGCUAGCUAUAGAGGUUUCUACAAAAUCUGGGUUGGACCCAGGUGGAGCAUGGCAUGCCUGGGGCAUGGCUUGCCUUAAAGCUGGAAACUUAAGUUCAGCAAGAGAGAAAUUUAACCGCUGUUUAAAGCCACCUAUGGAUCUAAACCAGCUGAACCAUGGUUCAAGGCUAGUCCAGGAUGUGAUACAGUACCUGGAGUCCACAGUGAAGCCCAUACUCAUUGCGGAUGAUGAUUACUUUGCCACGUUAAGGGAACUUGAAGCAACACUGAGAACAAGAAGUCUGUCUCUGGAGAUGAUGUGUGAGGGGAAAAUUCAGCACAACAGCUACUAUCAAGAGUGCUUGUUCUAUUUACAUAGUUACGGCACUAAUCUGGCAAUAAUAAGCUUUUACAUGAGGCAUGACUGUAUGAGAGAAGCACUGCUUCACUUGCUAAAUAAGGAAUCCCCAUCGGAAGUGUUCAUUGAAGGGAUCUUCAUUCCAAGUUAUGAAAGUGGAAAACUGCACAUGUUGGAGAACUUGCUGGAAACCAUUGAUCCAGGAUUGGAGAGCUGGGGAGCCUACUUGAUUGCAGCCUGCAAAUACUUGCAGAGAAAGAACUACUACCAUAUUCUGUAUGAGCUGCAACAGUUCAUGAAGGAUCACGUUCGUGCUGCCAUGACCUGCAUUAGAUUUUUCACUCAUGGAGCAAAGUCUUACACUGAACUGGGAGGCAAACAGACAUGGCUUCUAAAGAUCAAGGACCAUCUCAAAGUCUAUCUGCAGGAGGUCUCAAGAAGUUCAGGAAGGAAAAAAAUGGCAUUCACUUUCCGGAAGAAAAUGUCUGCUACAGAUGUGUCAAGGCACAUCAAUACAGUUGAUUUGCAGAUGGAGGUAACAAAGUUCCUGCAUCGAUGUGAGAGCUCAGGAACGUGUCAAAUGUCAGGUUCCUCCUUGCCCACACUCUUUGGAAACAAUAACAUGAAAAUGGAUGUUGCUUGCAAGGUCAUGUUGGAAGGCAAAAACAUUGAGGAGGGCUUUGGGAUUGCAUUUAGAGUCCUUCAGGACUUCCAGCUGGAGGCUACAGAAGUGUACAGCAAAGUGGCCAAGCAGCUGGUGAACCAGCAGAAGUACAGCGAGAUCCGGCAGCUCCUCAAGUGUGUCAAUGAGUCUGGAGUUGCAGCAAAAAAUGAUGGGGACAACAUUAUCCUAAAUUGUCUAAAUGAGUUCAAGAACAUUCCUGCUGAGGAUCUUGAUAAUCUGAUUCAGGAUAUGGACAGUGAUGAAAACAAGAUCCAGGCCUACGUGAUGUGCAACAAGUUGCGUUCUGCCUAUCUAGUCUCAGUGAGACAGGAGAAGACCAGAGCAGUGCAGCUAGUCCAGCACGUGCGACAGCUGGCUGAGAACAGCGGAGAUGACGUUGUGAAGGCCAUCUGUGCCCAAUGGCUCUCGGUGCACCAGCCCAAAACAAGAAAUCGGCUUCCCCAGGGCACUAGGAAGUAAUAAGUGAUUGACGUUCACCAUCAUACAGAAGGGGAAGGCUUCAAGACAGCUUAAAGGUGUGUGGUUCAGCAAUCUUUUGGUAAAAUGGAAGCCUCUUGAUUGAUGUUGGUGGGAAAUGGAUGCUGCUAAUGUGCCUCUGGUGAAAGGAAAGGAACUAAAUUACAAGUGCCAGUCCCGUAUUUUGACAAACAGUCACUACCUCAGGGUGUUUUUUGGCUAUCUUUUUGAUGGGGGGGAGGGGGCAAUUUCAAACUGAACAAGAAUUUAGGUGUAUGGAAGAGAGCGCUUCUGGUUUUGGCUUGGGUUUUUUUGUUGUUGGGUGGGGGGGGGGGGGGCAGUUGUCAUCCUCCCCGCCCCCCCCCCCGAAAGGCACUGAACUUUAUUGUAUGGUUUUUUAUUUUUAAUCCGGAAAUCCUAUAUAGAAAGGACAGAAAAAUUUCAUCAACUCAGUGUAGCCUAGAGUAUAAAACUCUUUGUGAUUAUGGGUUUCCUGUAAACUUUUUCAAGAUUGGAGAGAUCUUCUUUUACAAAGACUGAAAUUCAGAGAUUUUUUUUUUUUAAGCCUCUAUACAAACCAUUGCUUCCCCCCCCGCCCCCUAGUACAAUGUGCCCAAUUUCUUUAGUUUGUUUGAAAAGGUAGGAACUGAUUCUUCAUGGUAGGUUUCUACUUACCAGUCAUGCUGUCAGAUGUGUGCCAUACAUACGGCACUUGAGCCCUUACUAGGUGGAUGAAGUUAUAAAGGGCAUAUCCUGUAAGGGGAGUACAAAGGGAAAAUAAUCCUUGAAAAUAGUUGAAAAAUCACAUACCUCUUUCUUUGUUGUGGUAAUAUCCAAUAAAUUAUUGUGAUGCAGCUUUCUCACUGAACAGUUGCCAGUAAACUUCCACAGUUUUUCAUCAGGUAUGGCAGAAAAUAUGGAUAGAGCAAGCUGUGGUAAAAUUCAACAGGUGUCUGCAUCCCUGUCACAGAGGUAUGUAUUUGCUUGUUAGCAGAAUAAUCUGUCCCUGUCAGGUACAAUAGAACAUCGGACAAAAUUUUUAUGAACUGGACAUACUGUGUAGACUAUAUUGACAGGAUUUGCUCUGGAAGUGUUAGGUUAACUCAGUUUUAUGAAAAAGCAGGGAUCUUUGUGUAAUGGCUGUGUUCAGGGGUGCUGAAAAAAGCAGCUGCUUCUCUGCAACUGUGAUGGGGACGUGAGAAAUGGGCAGAAGAAUGGUAGACAGUAGUAGGACCUUCAAAAAGAAACGGAACAAAAAAUGGCACUCUGCAAGAGUUUGCGUUUGCUGUUUACGUGUAUUUCAGCACAAGAAAUAGGAAAAUUAGUUCACUUUUUCUGUUAAGAAGUUUAGUUGUUUACUUCAAAAGAAACAACAGGUUUUCUGAAGUGUAAUGUAACUGUAAAUAGUUUUAGUACCUAAAAUAAUUGAGACUGUCAAAUAUGAGUUUUGCACUAUCCCCAAGUUCACUGUAGUGACACAACAGACUUCCAUGGUAUUGGAAAGGACUUGGUCCAUCUCCUGUAGGGUUUGAUGACCACUGCCCCACUGACACAAACCCCUCUCUUGGAGGUGCUCCACCCACCAGAGCAGGGCAUGUCUCAGAGCAAAGCGGUCAGAAAUGACCACAUGUAGCUUUCAGAAUCUCCUGACCGCAGAUUUGCAUUAUCUCAUUAGUGAGCAGUACUAAUGAAAGGUUUUGCUUUCAUGGCCAGACUGACCUAGCUUUCCAUCAGAUUACAGCCGUCAGGCUAAUCCUAAAACCUGACACUAUCCAUGCCUUCGAUCAUUUCCAAAUCUCUAAUUAUAGGGAGGAGGUUUUACUGUUUGUGGGUAUCUAAAUCUGCAGUGCUGUAAUAACUACUUUUCUGCUCAAGCUCCUUCAGCUGUAUAGAGCACAGAGAGUGGAAUUUGCCAUGCAGACCAGUCAGUUCUGUACCUGCCUUUCUUCCUGACCUCUUUGCACUGUACCUGAUGCACUUUAUAUAGUGUUUGUUGUAAUUUGAUGUUCUUAACCUGGAAUUGUAGGGAUCUUUCUCUUACCAGCAGAACUGGAAUUUUGAUCCUGACUAACUGCCUUGUGUCAUGAAUAGUGCAAUUAUAAAGGGGCUUUGAAUUUUUGCGCAUCAAAAAGGGAUUGAGUACUGCCAGUUAAAAAACUUGUCUAUUAAUGACCAAGGUUUGUUUACAAUAA